GAACUCACCACCACAGCUACUGAGAAGCGAAGACUGCAGGACUCUACGCACGCACUCAGUUACUGAUACCACUGACGACUAAUCAACCGGUGAAGGAAACCAAAUACAAAGAUCUAAGAAAAACACAAUUUAAACAGGAAACAAACUGAUAGCUGUAUGGAUUGUGAAUAUAAAAAAAAAAUGCUUUUUUUUUUCAAUAACAUGACUCGACCAUUUUUUUGACAAGACAUGCACGUAACUCGGUUAUUUUGGCAAGAACACGGAGAUACAAUUGUAUUUUUUCAUUGCCUUUUCUCCUGUUAUUAUUAUUAUUAUUAUUAUUAUUAUUAUUUAUCAUCUUGUUCAUCUAUUAUUCAUUUUUCGUCGUUUGGACGGGGGACGGGACGCGAUCGAUAGUUAUUUAUUAUCAAUUUUAAACCCGCUUGAAAACGCUUCGUAGCUUCGCAAUGACGGAGACGCCUCGAUAGUGCGCUCGAGCUUUUUCGGUUGGUUUUCAAACUGCCGAGUGUUUAAAGCGAAGACCCUCGAGGGCUGCACGGGCUGCACGGGCUGCACGGGGCGAGCGCAGAGAGAGCGCAGAGAGCCGGGGCGGCCGCUGCUUCUGUGGAAAUCCUGACUCGGUUUCACUCGAGAACCCCCCGUGCCAAUAUUAUACGAUCGUGACAAUUAAACGCAGUUCAAAUCGUGGAAGCGUGUAUAUGACGUCUGCCAGAUUCAUUGAGCGAUAGUGUGUGUAUGUGUGGCACCUCCUGAUUGGCCUCAAAAGGGCGUGUCUUUCAUUCCCCUCAACCCUUUCGGGGGCACCCCCCCCCCUGAUGCUCUGGUCUUCCCCACAGGAGCAUGCCAGUAUCCCACAAUGCUGCUGCUGCUGCCGCUGCCACUGCUACCGGUCUGGCUCCUGCGUCACUCCGUGGCUCUGUGCCUGAUCCUGCUGCACAGCUCCGUUCUCAUGACUUUCUGUUUCCACCACGCCUCCACCAGCUGCUCCAAGGGCUGCUACUGCUCCGAGGCUCCGGCAGGGGCUGGGGGCGGGCGGACGGUGCGCUGCAGCCAUGCCAGGCUGGGGGAGAUACCCCGGGACCUGCCCAACGACACCCAGAGGCUCUACCUGGACUUUAACCACAUCUCCUCGGUCCCUGCCAACGCCUUCGAGGGGCUCCCCCUGCUGGCUGAGCUGGACCUCUCCCACAACGCCAUCGUCAAGCUGGAGAGCGAGGCCUUCCGCGGCCUGGAGGAGCGACUGAAGCUGCUGGACCUCUCCGCAAACCGACUGAUGUCUCUGAACAGGGAGGCAGUGGGCAGCUUGCGCUCUCACACCAACCUGUCCCACAACCCGUGGCACUGCGACUGCGAGCUGCAGCACGUGGUCCCCUCCCUGGAGCUGGAGCCGGCCUCUCUGGCAAGCAUGGUGUGCGAGACGGCCGUGCCCGAGGAGCACGCCGGCAUGCCUUUCCUGCUGCUGGCCCACGACGUGGACCUGUGCAACGUGGCCCGCAGAACCACGGAUGUGGCCAUGCUGGUCACCAUGUUCGGAUGGUUCGCAAUGGUCAUCGCCUACCUCGUCCACUAUGUGUGGCAGAACCAGGAUGACACGCGGCGCCACCUGGAGUAUCUCAAGAGCCUGCCGGGGCUCCAGCGCAAAUCUGAGGAUUCCUCCACCGUCAGCACUGUGGUGUGAGAGGAGGCGGGCUUUGUAGGGGCAGAAACACAGGUCACGCUCCCCAAAUAUAGAAUGUCCAAUCAUUUAUUUUCACCCUCACCGCAGCAAUUCCCCACACAGCUGCUCACCCUCACCGCAGCAAUUCCCCACACAGCUGCACAGGAGAACUGAAGAUUCAGCGGCUUCCUCCGAUCCCAUGACUGAGCCAGCUUCUUCUUCCACACCCAGGACCUCGAGAGCGGAUGUGCGAGAUUCCAGCCUCUGGACGACAAAGGCGAGCCCUGCAGGAGUCCGCUCUAAGCUCACUUGGGUGCCUGGCCAGCUAGGUUCCGCUGUAUUGUGUUUCUACCAAUGCAACGCUCCCUCUGGAAUACCCAGCGAAGAUCUGCGCACAGCCAGGUCGUGACCCUGCACUGCCCUGACUGUGUGACUCCCCCUGCACACCACGAGCUGUGCUUUUACCAGGGGAGACCCUCGGGGACCCCUGCACUGCCCUGACUGUGUGACUCCCCCUUUUGAACACAUGAAACCUUUUCUUUGAGCUGUUGCCGUAACCCUAACCCUAACCUUCAUUAAGAUUAGGGUUUGGGCUGAUUUAAAUCUUAAGCUCAGUAUUGGGAUUUGCUCAGUUGGCCCAUUCGCUAAAAAGCCCGGCCCGUCUUUCUGCAACCAUUCCGGGAGCCCAGAGUGAAACUGACGCCAUGUUGGAUUUGCAGCAGGGUCCAGCCAUGUGCUGUGCUACGGUGAGUUUGAGCCAAGAGCGCAGCCACCAGGAGUCAGUUUCCAAACCAUGUGUUAAUUCUGUACCUGUAACAGAUGUUUGUCUCUGACACACAAAAAUUAAAAAAAUUACAGUCCCCCCCCCCCUCCCCCCAUGCUUUUCCCAUGGUUGUACUGUGCAUUUUC